CCUACUUUAGAAUAUAUCUGAAGUGUACAAGAAUUAAAAAUAAAUCCAAAAAAUUUUAUUUUACACAUGAAAUCAGACGCUCUUAAAACAAAAUACUUGAGCCAGUGUUGUCACAGGAAUGUGUAUGUACUUUUGACCUUUGACCCCUUCACCAGCAACAUUGCUGGUGAAAUACGAACAGAUUCCAUAAAUCCAAAACUCUGUUAUAAAGAAAAGAUGUAUUGGCUGCCUUUAUUUUACAAGUUGCAGCAAAAUCAAUGCAGAUUCUGCUUUGUGUAAACUACUAUAGUUAAGGUUUGAUCUGUUUAAAUAUUUUCUUUUGCGAACUAAGGAUAAAGUAAAAACCCAGAAUCCUUAAUGAUGCUGUGAAUUAAGCCUUUAGUUAGCACUAAAUCAGAAGUUCUGAAUCAGCUACCAGCUCCAGCAUCAUGUGCAGCUCGUGCCACCCCCCUUGCAAGAGUGGUUCCCUUGGCAGUGAGCCAUUACAAGUUGAUAGAUUAACCUAAUAACGUUUUGGAGCCGUCUACAUGGGCCCAGUGCUCUGUUAUUUUAUUACACUGACAUAAAAAUCCUUUUGAGCAGCAUAAAAUCUGAAGGUGCAUCGCUGAAGUUUAGCUAGUUCAACUUCAGAACUAAGUGUUUUUGCACUAAAGCAUGUUGGCAUCCUCACAGUAUGAUUUUCUUGUGUAGUAAUGCCACAUUUCAUUUGCAAAUCUUAAACAAAAAUCUGCAUAUAAUGCUUUCAUUUCUGUCAUGUUAAGCAGAAGAACAACCACUAUUCUUUCAUGUACUGAAAUCUCUCUUUACAUCUCAGUAAAAGGAGUUUAGAAAUGGUGGAACAUUUUAGUGCUGUUGAAAGCACAACUUUUAAAAAUGUCCCUUUUUUUCACACUAUCUGACACUGAAUCAAACUAAAGGUUUCCUGUUUUAGGUCAGUAGAGAUUCCUAUUUGCUCAAUUAAAUAAUAGUAAGAGGUUUGCUUAAGGCAUUUGAUUUGAAUCUAUUUAGAUUUAGAGGUUUACGUACACUAAAACAGGGGUCUGCAACCUUCACAAUAUUUUUUACCCCCAGUUCAGCGCCGCUAGCAAAUGUUUGGAAAAAAUACAUCUUAUAGUUUUCUUUUUUAUAAAUAUCUAAUGACAGCAGAUAUUUUUAAAUAAAAAUAUGCUGUCAUAUUUAAAGAGCAACCACUUUCUGCCUAUUUUCAAAGUGUAUAAAAAACGUAGCACAUUUUCAAAAAGAUGUCUUAAUUUUUUUUAUGUGGGAUGUUGAUAUUUGCACUUAGUUUCCAGCAUGAUUAAAAGAAAUGUAGAUCUGAAUAAAAACCACUACUACUACUACUAAAAACUGUCGAUACUUUUACUGCGAUUCUGUGGUGAAAAAUUAAAUGUAAUUAUUCCAUGAAAAAUCAGAAAAAAUGCUAAUGCAUUUGUUGCUAUAUCUAUUUUUGAAAUGGCAGCUGCUGCAGUUUUUAGUCAAAGUUUUUUGGAUCCAUAGGUUGUAGACUCCUGCACUAUGAAGAAGACUAUACCCAAAUAACAUAGGACCACCCAGUCAAUGAUUUCAUAGCUUAGCAAGCGUCUGAUAGGUUAAUUCAAAACAUCUGAGUCAGGUGGAGGUGAACCUGUGGCUGUCAUAUUCACCAUUUCAAGUUUUUGUUUUUCUUUUAGAGGAACCGUAUAGACACUGGUUUAUUUCACAAUCACUUUAAAGGAACCUGGGCGGUCCACAGCCUGGCCCAGUUACAGCUGGUCCCUUGGGUGAAAUGGGCCAAAAUUCCAGCAAGCUAUUGUGUAAGAACGCACGAAGUGUUUGACCCAAGACAUGGAGUUUAAAAGCUUGAAUAUGUGGACCACUGCAGGCGGGAUUGCAGGAGGCAUUGAGAUCUGCAUCACCUUCCCAACAGAGUAUGUAAAAACACAGCUGCAGCUCGACGAGAAAGCCAACCCUCCCAAAUACAGAGGAAUUGUGGACUGUGUGAAGCAGACAGUGAACGGCCAUGGGGUGAAGGGGCUGUACAGAGGCCUGAGCUCGCUGCUCUACGGCUCUAUACCCAAAGCAGCGGUCAGGUUCGGGAUGUUUGAAUUCCUCAGUAAUAAAAUGCGAGAUGAGAGCGGCAAACUAGACAGCAAGCAAGGAUUCCUCUGCGGUCUUGGAGCCGGAGUCGCCGAGGCUGUGGUGGUAGUCUGUCCAAUGGAGACUGUUAAGGUUAAAUUCAUCCAUGAUCAAACAUCAGCUAACCCAAAGUAUAAAGGAUUUUUUCACGGGGUGAGGGAGAUUGUAAGGUCCCAAGGACUAAAGGGGACCUAUCAGGGACUGACUGCCACUGUGCUGAAACAGGGCUCCAAUCAGGCCAUCCGCUUCUACGUCAUGACCUCGCUGAGAAACUGGUACAAAGGUGACGACCCCAACAAAGUCAUCAACCCCCUCAUCACCGGGCUGUUUGGAGCUUUCGCCGGAGCCGCCAGUGUCUUUGGAAACACUCCACUGGAUGUGAUUAAGACCAGGAUGCAGGGACUGGAGGCCCACAAGUACAAAAGCACAGUGGACUGUGCCGUUCAAAUCAUGAAGCAUGAAGGACCAAUGGCUUUCUACAAAGGUACUAUUCCUCGUCUGGGUCGGGUGUGUAUGGAUGUCGCCAUCGUCUUCAUCAUCUACGAGGAAGUCGUCAAGUUCUUGAACAUUGUGUGGAAGAAUAACUAAGCCGGACGCCCGCGUGCUGCACUACUUGGAGCGCUCAGACAGUUACUAAAACAGGCUAAAAAUCCCAUCUUCUUAAAUCAGGUCUUCUAGGUCCUAACGUCUACCUCCAAAUAUUUUCAGGUAGAAAUCAGAAACGGGUUGGUUUAGUACUUCAUUCUUCAUUCUUUGUUUCUUACAGCACAGCAGCAGUGCAAGCAUUACCACCCUACCUUAGAGAUGCAGAAAUGCUGCUCACGUUUGCUCUUUCCUCCCGCCUCUCUCAAAUUUCCUGAUGGGGCAAUUUUCCUUAAGAGCUAAGUGAAAAGCAGUCAGUAGAUCUGCUCUACUAAAAGAGAUGUUAGUGCCUCUCAGCACAAACUAAUGCUGUGUUCACUUGAUAAAAAAGCUAACAGCCAGCCCCUUAUAAUGUGAUUUAAACACUAGAGGAAAAAAUAUAUACUUGAAGGAAAAAAAACAACAAAAACAACAACUCAGAAAUCUAACAUUUUAAGCCCUUUAUAAUUUUUUUUCACUUGUGAGGAACUAGAGUUUAUUAAAUUGGUACCUAAUGCAAUAAAUAAUAUGCUGCUGAGGGUCAAAUAAAUAAAGGAACAAAUGCCUUAAUUCUAGAAUGUCUAAACAUGUAGAUUGUUAUGAGGUGUAAUUUAAAGAUAUUGCUGUAUGAUAAUUUGUUUGAUAUCCUUUAAGGAUGAGUCAGAGGUGGUGUGAGGAGGGUUCACCGUUAAUUCACAAAGAUGUUCUAUAUUAAUUUAUGCGUUGCCCUGGGAAGUGCCUGUGUUUUCUGUGGUUCGUUUUGAGCUUAAGGAUGGGAGAAGGAUGUCUUCCAUCACUACAGAGUUUAGGAGCGAACUCGGUUUUAUACACUGUUGUUAAUUCUCCAGCUGUGCCUAAGGUAUUUCUAACACGUUUAUAUCUUCUCAACUCAUCUGUAUCGGCAUCAGUGUUUCUUUAUACUUUUUUGUUAUUGUUUGCUCUUUAAAUUGUAUACUUUGCUUUUAAAGUGCUUCGGAUGCAACUAAUGGUGCCUUUCAUCUCUGUCCAUAGAUUCUUUUGUAAUACAGGCACCUAAUUUCGGUCUUUCUCAAGUUAAUUGCCUUUACUUUUUAUGUCAUCUGAGGACCUAAUGUGCCAACUGCUGAUUAUAAUAACACAAUUGUAUGUUAUGGACUUAGAGCUUGUAGCUUGUGAAACUGGCUUGUUUACAUGCAGUUCUAUUACUUCUUUUGCUUAUUGCAGUCUUUGUGUGUAACACCUUAUGUUUACUGUGAAUUACACUUAUCUUUCAUGUUAAUCUCUUAACCCUUGCCUCCAUCACAGCUAUUUAAAUAUAUUUGGGGUUUUUGGAUUAACACUGAGAAUGUUCACAGACGGUAGAACUUCAUGUGCCUUCUGUUUCAUUACCACAAAUAAACAUGGUUCAGACUA